AUGGCGACCUCGAAUGCUGCAAGAAGCUGCCUACGAUGCCUGCGAACAUCACAAAGUCUCACACACCGACCCGUCUCUCGAACAAUACCCCGCCGAUGCCUCCAUGCCUCGACGCCACUCUACCUCGAUUUCCUCGCGCCGUCAUGGUCCUCAUCGACUCGAAAUGCGCCACAAGCAGCGCUGCGGCGUAGGGAGAACAUUGCGCAGAUACCCCACCGAAGAGCAAUCUCCUCAUCACCCCACCACCAAGCCGUGGCAAUUACCAACCCGCGCAAAGACGACUCGGGCAACGACAUGACCAUAACCAUAACCCCCCGCGCCGCCAGCCGCCUGCAAGCCAUCGCGCAAACCGACUCCAACCCCGACCUCGCCCUCCGCGUCGCCGUCGAAUCCGGCGGCUGCCACGGCUUCCAAUACCUCAUGUCCCUCACUUCCACGAAAGACAUGGAUCCGGACGAAGACACGCUCUUCGAGAAUGAGGAGGUGCUGGCCGGGAAGGGCGAUGGGGAGUACAAGGCGAAGGUGGUGAUGGACGAGCCGAGCUUGGAGCUGUUGAAGGGGAGCAGUGUGGAUUAUACGAUGGAGUUGAUUGGGAGUCAGUUUAAGGUGACGGGGAUUCCGGGGGCGAAGAGUAGUUGUGGGUGUGGGACGAGUUUUGAUAUCGCGGCUUGA